CGCGCAGCGCCGGAGGGAGAAAGGGGAGGAGGAAGCCCCCUGUCCAGGAGGUGGAGCGAGGAGACGGUGUCCGCCUCCCAGCCGUUCCUCCAGAGGAGCCUGAGCCGGGACAAAACCCGCCGAGAGCCGACACGCUCGCGCACACACGCACACCCACAGAGCCGGGGGUCCACGCUGGCGCUGGAGGCGAGCCCCGGCGGCCGCGAGCCAGCCCGAGGCGCGGCGGGGCGGCGGGCGCGGGGCGGCUGAGGCGCGCGCGGGACGGGCGCGGGCGGCGUCCCGCCAGCCCGGAGCCGGCAGCUCGGCGGCUCGGCGGUUCGGGCCGCGGCGGCUCGGCGGGGACCAUGCCUAGGAAAGUCUCCUGAGUCCGGCAACUUGGGCCCCGCCCCGCCCCCAGCCGGCUGCCCGCGGCGCGGCCCUCCCCAUGCGCAGCCGGCCGGCCGGGCUCUCCUCCUGGCGGCGGAUGGGUGACCUUUUCCUGGCCCGGGCCGGUUGUGCGAAGCGGCGGAGCAGGCGAUGAAGAAGAAGCAGCAGUCACAGCAGCAGCAGCAUCCCGGCAGCGGCGCGGAUCCCUGGUCCCAUGGGGCCCCUCUCGGGGGCGCCCCCGCGGGCCUGGGCAGCUGGAAGCGCCGGGUCCCCCUGCUGCCCUUCCUGCACUUCUCCCUCCGGGACUACGGCUUCUGCAUGGCCACGCUGCUGGUCUUCUGUCUGGGUUCCCUCUUCUACCAGCUCAGCGGGGGACCACCUCGCUUCCUGCUCGACCUGCGGCAGUAUUUGGGAAAUUCCACUUACUUGGAUGACCAUGGACCACCUCCCAGCAGGGUCCUGCCGUUCCCGAGUCAGGUGGUGUACAACAGAGUAGGCAAGUGUGGGAGCCGCACCGUGGUCCUGCUGCUGCGAAUCUUGUCGGAGAAGCAUGGCUUCAAUCUGGUCACCUCAGACAUCCACAACAAAACCAGGCUCACCAAAAACGAACAGAUGGAACUGAUUAAAAAUAUCAGUACGGCCGAACAGCCCUAUUUAUUCACUCGACAUGUUCAUUUCCUCAACUUCUCAAGGUUCGGAGGAGACCAGCCCGUCUACAUCAACAUCAUCCGGGACCCUGUGAGCCGAUUUUUAUCCAAUUAUUUUUUCCGUCGCUUUGGAGACUGGAGAGGAGAACAGAAUCACAUGAUCCGCACCCCCAGCAUGAGGCAGGAGGAGCGCUACCUGGAUAUCAACGAGUGUAUCCUUGAGAACUACCCAGAAUGCUCCAACCCCAGGUUAUUUUACAUCAUUCCAUACUUCUGUGGACAGCAUCCCAGGUGCAGGGAGCCUGGCGAGUGGGCCCUUGAACGUGCCAAGCUGAACGUGAACGAGAACUUCCUGCUCGUGGGGAUUCUCGAAGAGCUCGAAGACGUGCUGCUUUUACUGGAAAGAUUUUUACCUCAUUACUUCAAGGGCGUGCUCAGCAUCUACAAAGACCCAGAACAUAGGAAACUUGGCAACAUGACUGUGACCGUGAAGAAGACUGUCCCCUCUCCUGAGGCCGUACAGAUUCUCUACCAGCGGAUGCGAUACGAGUACGAGUUCUACCACUAUAUCAAAGAGCAGUUCCACCUGCUGAAGCGCAAGUUCGGACUCAAGUCUCGCGUGAGCAAACCCCCCCUGAGACCACAGUUCUUUAUUCCGUCUCCACUGGAAACUGAAGAGCCCAUCGACGACGACGAACAAGACGAUGAAAAGUGGCUAGAAGAUAUUUAUAAGAGGUGAUGCCAGCACUGUGUUGUGGCUUUAUCUCCCGAUUCCAGAGAGUUCUUUUCUUAGGGGAAGAAAAAUCCUCCAGACUGAAAUCAACACUCAGCUGCAUAAAAAGAGAAAAACAUUCCCACUUGUUGGGGUCGUUGGGAGACACCCGGUUUUGCGGGUUUUAUUUGUUUUGAUUUUGUUCUGUGUUGUCUUGUUUGUUUGUUUUGUGUUGUUUUGUUUUCUUGGCUCCUUGGGUCUUUCCCAGGGACACUAGAUGGUUCCACCGCAAGGCAUCUUGUCAUGAAAUAGCUUUUUCACCCACCUACCCCUAGAGCGAUGGGAAAAGGGGGAUAAAUAUUGGGCAUACAGUCCAUGGCCCAGAAACAGCAUUUGUAAAAUGACUUGAAAAAAAAUAUUAUCUCUGUGGUAGGAGACUUUCCAGCCUUGUAUAUUUCAGCAGAAAUGCAAAACCACUUCAAAGACCAGGACAUCUCCUCUAGAAGGAGCUAAGAGAAGGCAAGACAGACAGGAACCCCAGAAGGGAAGACGUGCCUGGUCAAGUGGUUGCUCCCCAGGUGGAUAGAAUUUUGCCUCUGGUUCAUUUCCAAGGACACUUUUACCAAGAGUAGCAUUCUCUGAAACAGCCAGUUGGCUUGUUCUGCAUCCCCAACCAAUCAAGGUCCAAGUGCGUGCCAGGCUCCACUGAAAUAUUCCAUUUUCAGGCAUCAGUCUGACAGACAUCAAAGUGGCGCAGCAGGGAAAAAGAGUUGGCUUGCUGUGUAAGGAAGAAGCAGACAAGACAGGUGAACUCCGGGGGUCAUGUGGCAUCAGUGACAGGGCAAGCACUGACUCCUGUGUGUGGCAGGAUCCCCUGCACCCUGCUCCUGGCCAGGCCAGAUCCCCUAAUGCUGGUACUAUGCACUGUAGUACCUGCUGUGCCCCUAAGAGGUACGUGUGCUCUGCAACAAGCAGUCCUGAGUUCCAUGCAAGCUGCAAAACCACAGUCUUGCCCUCCUGAGAAUGCUGUGCAGGGCCAGCAAAGAGGAGAGGCAGAAGAGGCUGUUUGGCCACCUCUGUGCAUCGCUGCUACCCCCAGUGUGAUCUAAGUGGAGACUGAGCAGCUCCAGUGCCCCAGAAUAGCUCAUGUCCACCUGCUAGUGAUGCCUGUAUCCAAUCAUUGGAAGUCUAUGCUUGCAUUCUGAAAGAUUUUCACUUAUUUUUUUAAAAGUCCUGAAAAUACAGAUUCUCCUGGAUGGAUACAAAGGCACCUGCUGAGAAGUUGGGGUACAGUGGCCCCAGUAGGAGAAUCACUCACAGCAAAUGUUGUUUACUUCCUGUUUUUCCACUAGAACCAGCCCUGCCAGGGGAUUAGCAGCAUGCAAGUUGGGGACCCCUUGAUGAAGAAAACGUUGGCUGUGUACAAAUGACAUGUGUGCCAUUUUGCAGGCACCAGUAGGUCUCACUGAGAUUUUUCCUGCUUUCACUCCAAUGGUGCCAUGGCCAAGAUAGAAAGGUCAGAUCCUGUAGCAUCCGCCAAAUGUGUACUAAAGCUACUUUGUCACAAGAUGUGUUAGGAAGGCUGGAGCCCUCUCUCAGGAGUCCCCUGAAGGCAGGGGCCACAGGGACACACUGCCCAGCCCCGCAAGGCCAGCUGUGGGCCUCCUUUCCUGCCUCGGCACACUGGGGCGGGAAAGCGAGUACAGCACAGUUCUUUGAGGAGCAGCUGUCUCGUUCCCAAAGCCCAGGGCCCUACCAUCCACCUGGAAAGCAGCUGUCACCCCCAGAGCAAAUACAAGAACUGCCGCCUUGGGGGACCUAGGAAUUGUCGCUGAGAAGUCAACUGUAGGGAAUCUCACCAUCUGAAAACAGUGUGGAGUUGACCGCGUUUGCCCUGCUGUUCUCAGGAGUCAGGACACCUGGCCCUUCAGGAACUCCAGCUCCUGCUGCUGCUGCAGCGGGGCCCGACCCCCUGUGUGCUCACGGGCAUUUUCUUUCCAGCAGCGACUGGCGUCACGUUGCGACUCAAGAUGAUGUACUUGCAAGGACUUCUGUGGACUUGUCCCAACAAACAUCCUCUAGGGCCUGAAAGGCACCUCGUUGAGUUUAUUUGGCACCCGUGACAACAUUGCUGUGGCCCCGGGCCCAACACGGUUUGUACUUCAUGAAAUAAAUUGUACAUUUUACAUAGUUUAAUUUAAAAAAUACAUUGUAAGCUAGUUGAUCUCUGACUGCCUUAUUUAUUAUAACCUUUCAGCACAUUCCAAGGUUUUAGUUACUCAGGAAGGAGUUAAUUAAAAUGAUUUUAUUUUGGUCUGAUGGAUGUUUUUGAAAAGGAAAAUUAUGAUUAGAAGCGCUCAGUCUACUUUUCCUUGAGUGCUGUAAAAGUGCUUGUAAAUCUUUUUUUUUUUAAGAAGAAAGAAAAAAUGGUGUUUGACAUUGUUGGAGACUCAAAAAUAUAUAUGGAAUUGAAACAUUCGCUUAGCUAAAAUAAAAACAAUCUGUGUUUGAGGUUAAGUGUUGUUUAACUUAUUCCUUGCCCAUAUAAAUAAAUGAAUAUAAAGACAUUGAAAAUC